CCCACAGUCUGCCCUCGAAACUCCCCGACUGCCCAUUCUUCAUCAGUCGCUUUCCUGAUUUCCCCAUGGUCCUUGCGCAUCCUGUCUCUACAGCGAAUUGCAUCAUCCGGUUCUUCUGUCCACUCAGCAAUGGGUAUUCUCCAUGUCUUCGCCUCGGAGUACAGGCCAGCGGCCAGCAUCUGCCACGAGGCGCGCCCCUGCCUCAGCAUCAUCUCGCGCCUCAGGCCGGGAGACUCAGCGAUCGCGAAAGGGCUGCAGUCCGGAAUGCCGUAAGAGGAAAAUUAAGUGCGAUGAAAAUCGCCCGGAAUGCGGCCAAUGUCUACGCAGUGGCCGGGUCUGCCAUGUCGUCGACAGUCUCUUCCGCCAGCACUGCUACACCUUCUUGGCCACUUCGCAGCAGACUGAUCAGCCCCAGCAUCCCCCCGAGACAACCCGGGAAGAGGGUGUUCGCUCGCCUGAAGCCCCGAGAGCGGUUUCCCGGGAGGUUGAGCAGCCUCGGUCUCACGAUCAGCAGCCAGGUGCUGCGAGUGGACCAUCUCCAAGGGCCAAUGAUACCCAUCAAACACCGUCGCCGGCUUCAUCGCAUCCGCAAGAGUUGGUGGCGGCGACAUGGCAGUCGGUCAACUCACCGUCCCUGCACAGUAUCUACGAGGACGAACGGCAUCAUGCCCCGGUGCCACCAGUUGAGCCACCUCCAGUUCCUAGUCCAUUGAACCACUUCACUGCGAAUUCCCUGCCGGCGCAUCCCAUCCCAGGUACGCAGUCGGUUCCCUCCCAUCUAUGCAGCAUCCCGAAUGGCCUGCCCGAUGAAGAUCAACAGGACCAGUACGAGAUCGCAUUCUUCCUACGAUGCUUCUCUGAAAGUCCUGGUCAAUGGAUGGACGUAUUCACCGAGCAGCAGUCGUACUUCAGUCAGCAUAUUGUCCUUCUUGCACAUAUGAGCACCUUGAUACGCUAUUCUGCCUGUGCCGUGGCAGCAAAGCAACUAGGACAGAUGAAAGAACCAAUGUCGGUUAUUCGUCAAACACCGACGAACAAGCUCAUGCUCAAAUCAUUUGCCGACUCAAAACUCGAUUUCCUCUGGUACGGUGCCAAGUAUUACGAAAAGUCCAUUCAGCUUCUAGCAAAGCAGAUCUCCCAUGAGGAGCUCUCUAUUUCCGCGCUGUCUCCCUGUUGUAUCUACAACUCGGCUUUAUCAGUUAAUGGCGAUGACCAUAGCAUGCUGGGAGAUACCGACGACACAUCCAGCAUUUUUCAGAUCCUCGCGGCAUGUAUGCUCUGCCAGUAUGAAGACCUCAGUGCGACGAUGAGAGCACGCUCGGGGCAUUUGGACGGCAUUUUCAAACUUUUCCAAUCCCAUCUAAAUGAUACACUGGACCUCCAGCCAUCGAUCCAACCACCUGAACCGGCAAGAGCGGUUGAAGCAAUAUUUUGGUUCUUCGUUCUCAAUGACAUGCUUGAUGCUUAUGUCUCGCGGAAGCAGUGUCGAAUCGACCCCGAAAACCUCUUGAUCUGGCAGAAGAUGGGUCUUCCCAUCGACGAGCACGGGCACUUGGUGACGGACUACAUCAACAACACCCAGUAUCCGGAAAGUGUCUACUUCAGAGCACUGAUCCGACACAUGUGUCAGCUUAUCAAUCAAGAUCUCAACAACACAGCUCAAUGGACCCGCAUGACCGAGGAGUUCGACCAUUGGCGCGAUUCACUUCCUGCAUCGUUCAGCGCCACCAUCUCCUGGCCUCAUCUGUCACCUGAACCCGAUCCAAAUAACUUUGCCCAGGACUCUUCCCCCAAGGAGAUUUGGUACUCCAACGACCUAUGCGCUAUGUCCAUGAUGUUCUACCACAUGGCACGCAUUCUUCUACUGAUCCACAGACCGGUAGACGUGUUUCUCACAAGGCAUCAGCCUUUGAAUCAAUCCGAUCUACUGGCGACUUAUAACUCUUUACAACGGGAUAUUCGCGCACAUGUGACAGAAAUUAUUCCCAUCGCACGGGGACUACCCCAUAGUCGAGUGCGCAAGUACAUGUUACAACCACUCUACGUCGCAGGACGAUGUUUUACAGAUGCCAAUGACCGACGCGAAUUGUUCAAGAUACUCUGUCACAUUGAAAGUGACCUGGGAUCAGCGACCGAGUAUCGCAUGAAGGACCUGUCAGGAGAAUGGGGGAUCCCAUUUGAAAUUGUCAAUCGCAUUGGUGUGGAUGCGGGGUUACUUGAUAUGUAAAGUGUAUAUAUAUUAUGUAUUUUUAUGAGUUAUGAACAGUACGAAUUCCACUUUAUGAUGAACAGAAG